CCUGCGUCCUCCACCGUAAACUUCCGUGGCGGGAAAACUUGGGAAGUUUUCGCGCCAGGGCGGAGUCACGCGGGUUUUUCGGCACGGUUUGGCGGCCGGCGAUUUCGGGGCAGCGGCAUGGCGGGCACCGUAGUGCUGGACGACGUGGAGCUGCGGGAGGCGCAGAGAGACUACUUGGACUUCCUGGAUGACGAGGAAGACCAGGGAAUUUACCAGAACAAAGUUCGGGAGCUGAUCAGUGACAACCAGUACCGGCUGAUUGUCAGUGUGAAUGACCUGCGCAGGAAAAAUGAGAAGAGGGCUAACCGCCUCCUGAACAAUGCUUUUGAGGAGCUGGUUGCCUUCCAGCGGGCCUUGAAGGACUUCGUGGCCUCCAUUGAUGCAACCUAUGCCAAACAGUACGAGGAGUUCUACAUAGGUUUGGAGGGCAGCUUUGGCUCAAAGCACGUCUCCCCCCGGACCCUCACCUCUUGCUUCCUCAGCUGCAUGGUCUGUGUGGAAGGCAUUGUUACUAAAUGCUCUCUAGUUCGUCCCAAAGUCGUUCGCAGUGUUCACUACUGUCCUGCCACUAAAAAGACCAUCGAGCGACGCUACUCUGAUCUCACCACCCUGGUGGCUUUCCCGUCCAGUUCUGUUUAUCCCACAAAGGAUGAGGAGAACAACCCCUUGGAGACAGAGUACGGCCUGUCUGUCUACAAGGACCACCAGACCAUCACCAUCCAGGAGAUGCCGGAGAAGGCCCCUGCUGGUCAGCUUCCUCGCUCUGUGGACGUCAUUCUAGACGAUGAUCUGGUGGAUAAAGUGAAACCUGGGGACAGAAUACAGGUGGUGGGGACCUACCGCUGCCUUCCAGGGAAGAAGGGCGGCUACACCUCGGGGACCUUCAGGACCGUCCUGAUCGCCUGCAACGUGAAGCAGAUGAGCAAGGAUGUGCAGCCUGCGUUCUCCGCUGACGACAUAGCCAAGAUCAAGAAGUUCAGCAAAACACGUUCCAAGGAUGUCUUCGACCAGCUGGCCCGCUCACUGGCCCCUAGCAUUCAUGGGCACGACUAUGUCAAGAAGGCAAUCCUCUGUUUGCUCCUGGGAGGGGUGGAGCGAGAGCUGGAAAAUGGCAGCCACAUCCGUGGAGACAUCAACAUUCUCCUCAUAGGUGACCCAUCUGUUGCCAAGUCCCAGCUUCUGCGGUAUGUGCUUUGCAUGGCACCCAGGGCCAUUCCCACCACUGGCCGGGGCUCGUCUGGAGUGGGUCUUACGGCUGCCGUCACUACAGACCAGGAAACAGGGGAGCGUCGCCUGGAAGCCGGUGCCAUGGUCCUGGCUGACCGAGGAGUGGUUUGCAUUGAUGAGUUUGACAAGAUGUCUGACAUGGAUCGCACAGCCAUCCACGAGGUGAUGGAGCAGGGUCGAGUGACUAUUGCAAAGGCUGGCAUCCACGCUCGCCUCAAUGCCCGCUGCAGUGUUCUGGCAGCUGCCAAUCCGGUCUAUGGCAGGUAUGAUCAGUAUAAGACUCCCAUGGAGAACAUUGGACUUCAGGAUUCGCUGCUGUCACGAUUUGACCUGCUCUUCAUCAUGCUGGAUCAGAUGGAUCCUGAACAGGAUCGGGAAAUCUCAGACCACGUCCUUAGGAUGCACCAGUACAGAGCCCCAGGGGAGCAGGAUGGUGAUGCUUUGCCCUUGGGUAGUUCAGUGGAUAUCCUAGCCACAGAUGAUCCUGACUUUGCCCCGGAUGACCAACAAGAUACCCGGAUUUAUGAGAAGCAUGACAACCUUCUACAUGGGAGCAAGAAGAAAAAGGAGAAGAUGGUGAGUGCAGCUUUCAUGAAGAAAUACAUCCACGUGGCCAAAAUCAUUAAGCCCAUCCUGACACCAGAGUCAGCAGCCUACAUUGCGGAAGAGUACUCGCGCCUGCGCAGCCAGGACAGCAUGAGCUCCGACACUGCCCGGACAUCUCCAGUGACAGCGCGGACACUGGAGACGCUGAUUCGACUGGCCACGGCCCACGCGAAGGCCCGGAUGAGCAAGACUGUGGAACUGCAGGAUGCAGAGGAAGCCGUGGAGCUGGUUCAGUAUGCUUACUUCAAGAAGGUUCUGGAGAAGGAGAAGAAACGUAAGAAGCCAAAUGAGGAUGAAUCAGACCUGGAAGAUGAAGAGGACAAGAGCCAGGAAGACCCCGAGCAGAAGCGGAAGAGGAGGAGGACGGAUGCCACCGAGGAUGGGGAGGCCUUUGACCCUUACGACUUCCGUGAAGCAGAGAAGGAGAUGCCUCAAGUGCACACUCCGAAGACCGACGAUUCUCAGGAGUCCAAGGAAUCUCAGAAAGUGGAGCUGAGCGAGUCCAGGUUGAAGGCUUUCAAGGCGGCCCUUUUGGACGUGUUCCGAGAAGCUCACGCGCAGUCUGUGGGCAUGAACCAACUCACAGAAUCCAUCAAUCGGGAUAAAGAAGAGCCCUUCUCCUCAGAGGAGAUCCAGGCUUCCCUGAGCAGGAUGCAGGAUGACAACCAGGUCAUGGUGUCUGAGGGCAUUGUCUUCCUUAUCUGAGCGGGGCGUAUCUGAAGUCGCUCCUGCCGAGGACCGCCCUGUCUCUGCCUUUGGCUGCCUUGUCCAGUGAACUGUUUCAAUGAUGGAAGUGGGGAGCUGGGUGAUGAUGAUCAGGACUUGGUGGAAAGCUUUGAGAAUGACAGCUGCUGUGGGCCAAGAGCUCUGAGGGAAGGCCUGGACUCUGUCAGAAUGCCUGGGUCACACCCCUUCCAGUCCUCAACGAUGGAAAGAAGGUUAUUCUGUGACUUGUGUUUUGGGGGCACAGCUGUUUUCUGCUUAUUGCUUGUUUUUAGUUCCUCCCCACCUCCCCCCAAGCACUUGAGUCCAGGAGAAGCCUGAGCUCUGUUGUGCCAGAGCAGCUCAAGCAGAUCACAAAGGUGGGUUGGAGAGAGCUUCCCCUGCAGUUCAGUUAGACUAAUGUGUAACAUGUGUUGUUGACCUAAAUAUCCAAGACGUGACAUUGAGUAAAUAUGACUAUUUUAUACAUGUGGACUUUA